AUGACCUCCAUUGAACUUCACGGAAGAACGUACCGACUGCCCCGUCAUCCGACGGUCGUUGUCUGUGUCGAUGGAUUUGAUCCCGAAUAUCUCCAAGCCGGCUGCGAGGAUGGCAUCUUGCCCACUCUUUCCUCCUUCAUCCAGACCGGUUUCCAUCGGACUGCAAAUUGCGCAAUGCCCUCAUUGACCAACCCCAACAAUCUCUCCAUCAUCACCGGGGUGCCGACCAAGGUGCACGGCGUGUCGGGGAACUACUAUCUCGAUAAAACCACUGGCCAAGAGCACAUGGUGCUGGACGAUUCGCUGGUCCACGGGUCUACCAUUCUCGAACAGAUGGCUAACGCCGGGGUCCGCGUGGCGGCUAUCACGGCCAAAGAUAAACUACGGCGCAUCAUCAACCGCGGCCUGUCACCUGCGAAUGGUGCUAUUUGCUUUUCGGCUCAGUGCGCUGCAGAAUGUACAUUGCAAGAGCACGGCAUUGCAGACGUCGAGGAGUGGCUGGGCCUGCCAUCCCCACCGCAGUACUCGGGCGAACUGUCUCUCUUCGUUCUAGAGGCGGGCCUGAAGCUCCUCCAGGAACGUCGUGCGGAUCUCUUCUACCUGACUCUGUCGGAUUAUAUCCAGCACAAGCAUGCGCCGCGUUCUACGGAGUCGGACGAGUUCAUGCGGAAAGUCGAUGGGUAUCUGGGGGAAUAUGUGAAGUUGGGUGCUGUGGUCGCAGUGACAGGGGAUCACGGUAUGAGUGACAAGUCCGAUGCGAAUGGGAAGCCCAAUGUUCUAUUUCUAGAGGACUUCCUCAAUCACAAGUGGCCUCAGAGCGGUGCACGGGUUAUCUGUCCCAUUGCAGAUCCAUUUGUCAAGCACCACGGUGCCCUCGGUGGUUUCGUUCGGGUUCAUCUGAAGGACUGCUCCGACGUUGAAGAUAUGGUGGCAGCAUGUCGCGAACUACCCGAGGUUGAGCUCGCCAUGCUGGGGGAAGAGGCUGCGGCUAUGUUUGACAUGCCGGCUGACAGAGAGGGCGAUCUGGUCGUGAUUUCCAAGGAGCAGUUUGCCAUUGGAAGCAGGGCAGAUGAGCAUGAUCUGACUCAGCUGCAGGGCCAUCGUCUCAGAACACAUGGAGGCCUAUCCGAAAGGGCCAUUCCACUGCUGAGGUCCACGCCAGUCCAGAUGGACGAUGUGGGACAGCGGCAGUGGAGGAACUUUGACGUAUUCGAUCUCGCCCUCAAUUAUUAG